AUGGGUAGUUGCUGCGGCAAAAAGGCCCCGUCCGAAGCUGCCUGCGGUAAAGGCGAGCUGGACAAUGAGAAAGACGCCAACGUGGAUUCCUUGGCGCUUGCCAGGGAUAACCUGGUAGAAGGAGAUAAGCGGCAGCCGCCGCCAACGCCGCCAACGCCGCCAGAGCUGACAGAAACGGCUGCGAUGGUGGAGGCGGCGCUGUUCACCGCACGAAGUGCGGUGGCACUCAACUCUGCCACCUGCAGGAGUGAGAUGUCGGAAACGAUUGACUGCUCCUCCACCACGGUUGACGACAUUCGCACUGGGCGUCCCACCUUUCACUGCCGCGUGGAGACGGCAGCGUCUAGUACGUGGCCGGACGUGAGCAUGCCCACCGCCUCCGUUCGCUACGACCACCUGCCCUCCGUGUCGGAGUUCGAUACGGAGGAGGACUUUUCAAUGGUGGAGGGCAGCACCACCUCCUUGCGGGAGCGGCGGCUCGCGUUCCGGGCUCGAGAGCGGGCAAAGGCGCUGCUGCGGGAGUUCCAGUCGCGGGAGGGCGAGGUGCGACGCGCCAUUGUUGAGCUUUGCAACUUCGCUCGCCGUGACAUGGCUUUCCGGCACCACCGGGGAAUUCUGUCCAUCGAGCGGCGGGGGAUGCUCAUUGCGUACUUCAAGGAGCGCUUCGUCCUGCUGCUCCGCAUUACGACGGCGCAGGAGACGCUUGGGCGGCGCAUGACGGAGCACGAGUGGCAGGCGCAGCUGCUACGCAAGAUGCAGCAGCACCGCGCAGGUCGGCUUAGACGCGCCGGCGCCCAGGGCGGCAACGACACCACUGAAGCGUCAUCGGCUGCCUGCAGCGACGAGGAAGAGGCGGGCCUGCCGGCUGCAGUGGACGCUGCGCUGACGCCAACGGGGGGGCGGCCUCUGUCGGCCCCCAGCAGCUUUUGCGGGAAGCAGCUGCAGCAGCGUCGUAACCUGUCGUUGUCGUCGUCUCCUUCGCCGCCGGGGUCGCAGGUGUCUAGUGGCAAAUCUUCUGCCCGGCCGACUGUUUCGGAGACCGGGGGUCGGCUGCAGCUGGAGAAGGCGGUUCCUCGCCCUCAGUCAAGCUUUGGCAUGUGCCAGCCCCUGAAGGCGCGGCCUAGUGGAGCGGAGAAGUCGAUAAAGUCCAUAUCGCCUGCCUGCGCGCCUGUAGAGAGUGGGGUGGGAGAACCGUUUUAA